AUGUCCAAGGCUCUGAAGGCGAAAGAUCAACUGGUGCGCAUUCUGAUUCCUGCGGGCAAGGCUGCACCUACACCACCCGUCGGUCCAGCGCUUGGUGCGCGUGGUGUAAAAUCUAUGGAUUUCUGCAAGGAGUUCAAUGCGCGAACUGCCCAUAUUGAACCUGGGGUCCCAACUCCUACUUUAAUCACCGUCGAGCCUGACCGCACUUUCUCGUUUAUCACCAAAACACCACCAACGACCUACCUCUUGAAAAAAACUGCGGGGAUAGAAAAGGGAACAGGUCGACCUGGCCAUGAAGUCACCGGAACAAUUAGUCUCAAACACGUGUAUGAAGUCGCAAAAAUUAAAGCCAAGGAUGCGCACCUCAAGCACUUGAAGCUCGAGUCGAUCGCAAGUACUGUUGUUGGCACAGCGAAAAGUUUGGGUUUACAGGUUGUGCCGUGA